UAUCCCAUUCUCUCUCUCUCUCUCCCUUCAUUAUCCGCCACUCGUCACUCGUCGUCUUCCCCAAACUCAAACUGCACAUUCAUGGCUUUCACUUCUUCAGCCCAACUCCUUCAAUAUUCCUCAAUUCGGACAUCCUUUCGCCUCCGGACAAGAACAUUAUCGUCGUCUUCCCAACCCCAAACUAGGAUCAGGGCCAAUCCCCGUCCUGUGAUUGCCGCUAAUCUAGAUGCGAAAGAGGAUAUAGUUAUAGUGGGAGCGGGGAUUGCUGGGCUUGCAACUGCAGUUUCGCUUCAUAGGCUGGGGAUCCGAACCCGGGUGCUGGAGCAGGCUGAGUCUCUGAGGACUGGUGGGACCUCUCUCGGCUUGUCCAAGAAUGGGUGGAAGGUGUUGGACGCCAUUGGAGUCGGCAAUAGUGUCAGACCUCACUUCCUUGAAAUUCAAGGGGUUGCAAUAAGGUCAGAAGAUGGAAGGUUGCUGCGCUCUUUCUCGUUAAAGGAAGAGGAUCCCAGCCAAGAACUCCGCGCUGUGGAGAGGAAGGUACUGCUGGAAUCACUCAUGAAUGAGCUGCCUUCAGAUACUAUCGCUUUUUCUUCGGGGCUGUCAAAGAUUGAAAGACAUGAAAGCGGUGAUACAAUGUUGGAGCUCGAGGAUGGAUCUCGGUUAUCUGCUAAGAUAGUGAUUGCCUGCGAUGGCAUCCGGUCUCCAGUGGCAAAGUGGAUGGGGUUCCCAGAGCCAACAUAUGCAGGGCACCUAUGUUUUCGAGGUUUAGGAUCUUACCCUGAGGGACAGUCGUUUGAUCAGAAAGUACAGUACACAUAUGGAAGUGGAGUGCGAGCUGGUUUCAUUCCAAUUUCUAAGACUAAAAUCUAUUGGUUUAUUGUCUUCAACAGCUCAUCACCAGGUCCAAAGAUAACUGAUCCAUUGAUUUUGAGACAACAAGCUCAAGAACUGGUCAGAAGUUGGUCACCGGAGUUGCUAAACAUCAUUAACCACACCCCAGAUGAAACGCUCAUAAGAACUCCCUUGGUUGAUCGUUGGCUAUGGCCAGCAACGAGUCCUCCUGCUUCUACCGGGAGGGUUGUGCUGGUUGGCGAUGCAUGGCACCCGAUGACACCCAAUCUCGGACAGGGGGCGUGCUGUGCCCUGGAGGACUCCAUAGUUUUAGCCAAGAAGCUUGCAGAGGCAAUCAAGUCCAAGAAUGUUUCUGUGGAAGAAGCAUUCAGAGAGUAUGAAAGAGAGAGGUGGCCGCGUAUUUUUCCAUUAACCAUACGCGCACAUCUUGUAGGAGCAUUCUUGCAGUGGGAUAAUCCAGUGGUGUGUUCUAUCAGAAACAAUGUAAUUGUACCUAAGCUGGUGAGACUAGGACCAAUGCUUCAACAUACAAAUUUUGAAUGUGAGCCUCUGUAGGAAAACUGGGCUAUUUAGUUUACUAUAUAUUUUAGCAAACUUUUGUUACACAAUAAGCUAUCUGUUUUAUCAAAGCAAAUACUUCAUGGUUACAUACAGAAACACAAGACAUUAAACAUUG